AGCCGCACCAACUCCGCAGCAACACGCCCCCCGAUGCUCCCCUCCCCCCCGCUCCGCCUUGUUUUCUAAACCAAAAAUCUCGCCUUUCUGUAAAACUAGAUUUCCCCUUGCUAAUUCGGGUAUUAUACCGCCGGCUAAUCACACUCCACCCGCUGUCGCCCGCCCCCUUGUUUAUAAGCCCAGCCCCCCCUCCCUUGCCUUCUUUGUCGGUCGCCUUUGUGGGAUAGAGUCGCCGAGAGAGACCGCCGGAGGAAUUUUCGCUGCUGGUGGUGCGGGAGAGGGAGGGAUCUUGGGGGAAUUCGGUGUGGGGGUUGUGGUGUGAGGAGGAGGAGGGAUGGAGAUGCCGGGAGGGAGCGGCGGGGCCGGCGCGCUGGCCAGGCAGGGGUCGAUCUACUCGCUGACGUUCGACGAGUUCCAGAGCGCGCUCGGCGGCGCCGGCAAGGACUUCGGGUCCAUGAACAUGGACGAGCUGCUCCGCAACAUCUGGACGGCCGAGGAGUCCAACGCCAUCGCGGCCACCCUGACGCCGGCCACCACGGCCGCCCCGGCGUCCAAUGUCGACGCCCUGCCCCAGCCGCCGCCGCUGCAGCCGCAGCAGCAGGCCAUCCUGCGCCAGGGCUCCAUGACGCUGCCCCGCACGCUCAGCCAGAUGACGGUCGACGAGGUCUGGCGCGACAUCAUGGGCUUCUGCGACGAGGAGCCGCCGGCGCCCCCCGCGCCGGCGCCGGCCCAGGCUCAGGCUCAGGCGGAGGCCCAGGCGCAGCGGCAGCAGACCCUGGGGCGGAUGACGCUGGAGGAGUUCCUGGUGCGCGCCGGCGUGGUGCGGGAGGACAUGGGGGGCCAGACCGUUGUCGUGCCGGCGCGGGCGCAGGCUCUGUUCCCUCAGGGCAAUGUGGUCGCGCCGGCCAUGCAGGUGGCGAACGGGGUGGUGCACGGAGUCGUCGGGCAGGGGCCUGGCGUGGCGAUGACGGUGGCGGCGCCGACGACGCCGGGCGUGCUGAACGGGUUCGGCAAGAUGGAGGGCGGGGAUCUCUCGUCGCUGUCGCCGGUGCCGUAUCCCUUCGACACCGUGACGAGGGCCAGGAAGGGGCCUACCGUCGAGAAGGUGGUCGAGAGGAGGCAGAGGCGCAUGAUCAAGAACCGGGAGUCCGCCGCCAGGUCCCGCCAGAGGAAGCAGGCUUAUAUAAUGGAGUUGGAAGCCGAGGUUGCAAAACUGAAGGAGAACAAUGAGGCAUUGCAGAAAAAACAGGUGGAAAUGCUACAGAAGCAAAAGGAUGAGGUUAUAGAGAGGAUCGAAAAGCAGCUUGGACCAAAGGCAAAGAGGUUUUGCUUGCAACGAACGCUGACCGGUCCGUGGUAGCCCGAAGCUCAAUACAACCUUGACAGCAGCUGGAGUAUCUGGCUUCCUUAGAUGAACAACCAGUGUACAUAUCAGCCGAGGCUGGAGUCUCCAGCUGCCCCCGUAGACCGCCGCUUUCCUGCUGCUCCUGUGGCGAUCGUUCGGUUUAUUUAGUUGUUGGUUCCUGGGUGACAAUCUAAGUCCUAGGUCUCUCUAGCUUUGCCGUUUCCAAAAUGAACAAAAAGCAAAGUAUCUAAUCUGUUUUACUCCCUAUCUAUUCGCGUGUGGCGAGGUCGUCAUGCGUGCCGUUUUAUGCCGUUGCUGGACGCAGCUGUUCUGUA